AUGGGUGCAUACGUUUCGAAGAACCUCUGCCAGUCCGAUUGGGGCAUUGAUAUGAAUUGCACGGUCAGCACAAACAAAUCAACCGGCCACCUUAUCAUCGGAGGACUUCAAUAUGGAGAGUUUCAAGGCGAUCCAGACAUCGCUGGUGUUGGUGUAUUCUAUGUCUUCUUUUCUAUCGCGGCAGCAGCUCUAUUGAUGAGCACGCUGUAUCUGGGUCUCCAGAUCCUUAAAUACGUACCUUUAACCGGAAUCGAUGUGAUUCAUCGAAUUCAAGAGCACGAGAAAGAGAAAGAUACCAUCUCUAAACGAGUCGCCUGGUCGGACGUCAUAGAAGGCAUAAUACUCAGCUGUAGUGAUCAGCAAAUCUUCACAUCCGGCGCCUACGCCAUCACCCUUCGCUAUGCCCAAGGCUGUCAAAUAUCCGCAUAUCACUACAAUAUCGUCGGAAAUAUGAUGCUCAUGACCUGUGCGACACACCUCAUGUCCGUUACGGUUGUCAGUCAAUAUGGCAGCUGGCGUAGGAAGGGCAAAGGAUCAGUGAGGAAAGCAUGA